AUGGGACCCAAAGACUGUCUCUACACUAACCCCGAGAACUGCAAUACUUUCAUUCAGUGUACUGUCAAUCCCGGUAACCAAUCGGGAACUCCGGUUGUGAUGCCCUGUCCCGCGGGACUCAAGUGGAACGACAACGAGAAAAUAUGUGAUUGGCCCGCAAACGCC